UUUAACUUUGAACCUUGUCAUUCUUGGAAAAUAGAGUGCCAAGAGUGCAACACAAUAUUUGAUUGGGCAAAUGUCCAUUAGCCCGUGACAUUCACCACAAUCUAAUCUAAUGAGUUUAAGUUAUAUCCCUUCUUCUUAAAAGGUGACCUCUACACGAAAAAAAAAAAAAACACAAAACAAAACAAAACCUCCAAAGUAGACCAAGUUUACUUAUUUUCCUCGUGGUCUCCUUGAGACACGCGACCUCCUCUCGCUUUGCCUUUAAUUUCCUCUCCGCUUCAUUUAUAUAACUUUGCUUUGGCAUUGACAUAAAAUCACACCCACAAACUAUGGCGAGAUCCGCGGUGGAACUUGAUUUUUUCUGCAUGGAGAAAGAGGCUACUGCUACUAAGCUGCCUACCCCUCCUAAACUUUUUGAAAGAAGAAGAAGCUUUCGAGAUAUCCAAAGCAUGAUAUCGAAGAUCAAUCCUGACGUUCUGAAGAACGUAAUUGCUUCCCGCUCUGCGGAGAAAAACAUUCCCACGUUGCCCGUUAUUGCUAGUAAUUGUAUCAUGGAAAAUGAUCCUGAAAAUAACGCUCCUUUGACUAUAUUCUAUAAUGGUACUGUUGCUGUUUUCGACGUUCCUCGAGACAAGGCGGAAAAUAUUCUCAGGCUUGCAGAAGGAGGCAAUCUACAGUUAUUGAAGACUUCACAUGGAGAUGGAGAUCUACCCAUAACAAGGAAGAAGUCACUGGAAAGGUUCUUUGAGAAGCGAAAAGAGAGGAUGACUAUGGUGUCACCUUAUGGUUUCAACCAAGGCUAUGAAUUAUCAAGCAACAAAGCUGGAAAUACGAACUAGAGGCACAUAUGUAAUGUAUAUUAUAUACAUAUAAAUUGAACUGUACGACGACUUCAACCACCACCUCCUGGUCUGGGCUAUGUUCGAUCGAGUAUAGUAAAUCAACCUUGUGAUUUUAAUAUAUAGAUGGAAUUCCUUGAAUACUUCUGUGACUCUCUUUCCAAGUCAAAGAGGGAAUAUCACUAGUAGUAGGGAAAAGUAAGUCCACGUUUUAGUACUGUGGAUUAACUUAAAAAUAUUUGUUGUUUUGUGCUUUGUGUGGGGAGUAGCAUAAAGCCCGCCCUGUUUCCUUGCA